AUGGCGUCUUUGGCCUUCACCUCCUCCCUCAACCUCCGCCCACGCCCCCUCUCCGCCCCGAAACUCCGCUCCCCCGCCGCCGCCCCUAAAUCCCUCCGCCUCACUCCACGAUACAGAUCUCCCAUCGCCAACACCCUCCACAAUCCCGAAACCCCCCUUAUCGAGAAUCAAACUCAAUUCGCCAACCAAAAGUCCGCAUUUCUGCUCCCCUCCUCUAAACGCGCGCCGUUGACUGUCGCCUCAGCCUCUUCGGCCGCUUCUCCGCCGGCACACCCUUCUCCUCAGCCGUGGCAGGGAGCCGCCAUCAAGCCGCUCCUAGCAUCCAUCGUGACUGGAGUCAUUCUUUGGUUCUUGCCCGCUCCUAACGGCGUCUCGCGCAUCGCGUGGCAACUGCUCUCGAUCUUCCUAGCCACAAUCGUUGGAAUCAUUACCCAGCCUUUGCCGCUCGGGGCCGUAGCCUUAAUGGGCCUGGGCGCGUGCGUCCUGACGAAAACCCUCACGUUCGCGGCCGCGUUUUCAGCCUUCGGUGAUCCUAUCCCGUGGCUGAUUGCGUUAGCCUUCUUUUUCGCCCGAGGGUUUAUCAAGACCGGAUUGGGCAACAGGAUCGCGUACCAAUUCGUCUCCUUAUUUGGAAGCUCUUCUCUAGGGCUAGGCUACAGUUUGGUUUUCAGCGAGGCCCUUCUGGCCCCAGCAAUACCCUCAGUCUCGGCCAGAGCUGGUGGGAUUUUCCUGCCGUUGGUGAAAUCCUUGUGUGUGGCCUGUGGUAGUAAUGUAGGGGAUGGGACUGAGAACAAAUUGGGCUCUUGGUUGAUGCUCACAUGCUUCCAGACAUCUGUGAUCUCAUCGUCUAUGUUUUUGACUGCUAUGGCCGCCAAUCCUCUGGCAGCUAAUUUAACGGCCAGCACAAUUAACAUGCCAAUUGGUUGGAUGGAUUGGGCUAAGGCGGCAAUAGUGCCGGGUUUGGUGUCGUUGGUUGUGGUGCCAUUGUUGUUGUACGUUAUUUAUCCACCGACGGUGAAAAGUAGUCCUGAUGCGCCCAAGCUUGCAAGGGAGAGGCUGGAGAAGAUGGGGCCCAUGUCGAAGAACGAGAUCAUCAUGGCUGGGACUCUGCUUCUUACAGUAGGGCUCUGGAUUUUCGGAAGUGUCUUGAAUGUGGAUGCAGUGACUGCAGCAAUUCUUGGGCUUUCUGUACUCCUUGUAACUGGGGUUGUAACAUGGAAGGAAUGUCUGGCCGAGGCAGUUGCCUGGGACACCCUUACUUGGUUUGCUGCACUCAUUGCAAUGGCUGGCUAUCUUAACAAAUACGGUCUUAUUUCUUGGUUCAGCCAAACUGUUGUUAAGUUUGUUGGUGGAUUGGGUCUGUCAUGGCAGCUAUCAUUCGGCAUUCUUGUUCUUCUCUACUUCUACUCCCACUAUUUUUUCGCCAGUGGGGCCGCUCAUAUAGGCGCCAUGUUUACAGCUUUCUUAUCCGUGGCAAGUGCUUUGGGUACCCCACCAUACCUUGGUGCUGUUGUUCUAUCCUUCCUUUCCAAUCUCAUGGGCGGCAUUACCCAUUACGGGAUUGGGUCGGCCCCUGUUUUCUACGGUGCUGGCUAUGUGCCCCUCGCAAAAUGGUGGGGCUAUGGCUUCUUGAUCUCCAUUGUCAAUCUUGUAAUUUGGCUUGGAGUUGGAGGGGUCUGGUGGAAGACCAUUGGCUUGUGGUAG